CUAUCUGCAAAGCUUUGAUAUUCCAUUGACAUCAGAGACGAAGUAGAAGCUUAAUUGGAAUACUUUUUUAGUGUAUAUGUACUUGGUAACAAAUAAUGCUGUUGAAACAUGUACCAACUGUUGGUAAUCUCCUUGAGGGAAUUAUACAUGUUCCUGUCGCCCGACUCAAAGGCAUAAAUAGGCAUUUUGGUGUUUUGUACUCAACUUUGCCUACUUGCAAUGAGCUGCCAAGAAAGCUCAAGAAAUCUGAGAGAAAACCACCUGUGAGAAGUUUUAAUGAGCUAAAGCGUGAAGCUAGACUGAAGAGAAAGGAAAGACAAAAUGCACGUGAGAUUAUUUUACAACCUCCUGAAAAUGGUUUGUUGGUUGAACAUUUAGUUCCUGUUGCUCGUGAAGUUUAUGCUGCAAGAACUGAACUAUUAUCUACUGUUUCAAGACUUAUCAAGUACACUGCUAUUUAUACAUGCAGCUUAUGCGGAGAAGUUCAUGUUGGCCAUCCACCCCAUAAAAUUAGAACUUGUGACGUUCAAGGAAGCCUUUCAAGCAAAGAGCAUGCUUGGGUCAGAGGAGGUAUCCAACAUGUUCUGCCACUUGUCGAGUCAUUUCAUUUGUAUGACAGAAUAGGGAGGGCUGUUUCACAUAAGGAAAUGCUUGAAGUUGACCGAAUUCCAGCGAUUGUUGAAUUAUGCAUCCAGGCUGGCUUUGACAUACCUGAGUACCCCACCAGGAGAAGGACUUUUCCUGUCUACUCCAUUGCUGGCAAGAUGAUUGAUUUUGAGAAACGGUUUCCAAAAGAUUUUUCUCUUGGAGAAGAUAUAGACGCAUGUGGGUUUCGGUAUAACAGAAAGAGAAUGGAUAAAGACACACAUCCUGCAGAGCUAUAUUCUAAUGAUAUCAAAGUCAUUGCUGUUGGAGGCAUGAAAGCCUGGGAGAAAAUGUGUAGUGGAUCUUCAAAACUGAUGGAAACAUAUGCUGUCCAAACUUGUGGAUAUUGUCCAGAAGUACAAGUUGGACCAAAAGGUCAUCGAGUUCGAAAUUGUCAAGCUUACAAACACCAAAUGAGGGAUGGGCAGCAUGCAUGGCAGGAAGCUAGAAUUAGUGAUUUGGUACCACCAGUAUAUGUCUAUCAUGUUCAAGAUCAACAAAAUAAUAAGCCUUUGGUGAAUGAGUUAAGGAGAUACUACAUUAUGCUGCCUGCAGUGGUUGAAUUAUUUGCACAGUGUGGAGCACCAUUGGAACCGAAAUAUGCAGGUGCGAUGAGGGAUGUUGUAAUCCCAGAAAUGGAUGAGGAAAAGUGGGUGGUUUAAACUUUAAAGUAAUGGGUUGGAUGGCGCCUGAAUCCUAUGUAUGGAGUAAACUAUUUGGGCACUGAAAGUGUCUAUUAGCAAAGACCAAUAGGAAAUUUUGACUUGAUAUUUUAGCAUAUGAGAAAAUCUUGAGAGAGAAAAUCAGAGUGGAAGUACGUUUAAGCUGAAACAAAUAUUGAUCUUGCUUGUACAUGUUGCUGUUGGCUUGCACAAAAGUCAAUUUUUAGGGUUUUAUGGGAAUAUAUAAGGAGAUGCUAGAAUUAGGGAUUUUAGACUUUGGAGGUGAUACCAUCGGUGAUGAGGAUUGUGAGUAGGGAUGGCAGCAGGUAUCCCAUGAAUAGGGAUGGGAACAUCGGGAUCGGCUGGAAAUGGAACAAGGUGGAGGUUGGUUUCAAUGAAGGAGAGGGAGAGGAUGAUUAACCGCCAGUUGAGAGAAUGAGAGAGCCAUUUGAUUUCAUGCCCCAACAGAACAAUUCUUAUGUAUUUGGAUGAAGAAAACUGAAGAGGGAACAACACACGAGCUUUGGAACCCGAUGCUUCUCUGUCUCAGCUUUCAACCACUUGUGCUCUUCAUGCUACCACUUCCUAGUUUGGAGCUACAUACACUAGUAACCAUAACUAAUACUACUGCUUCUUUCAGAUUGAUUCAUGGUUGCAAUCAAUAAUGAUACCUUGAUGUACCAGAAAUUUUUAUUGUAGGGGUAAAAGUUAGUAACAUAGGGUUACAUUGCACAGAUAUGGCUACUUUGUUAAAGUACUCGUACCGGGUAUGGAUACGUGUUGAAUACAUGUUAGGAAUGUUCGAAUAUGCACUAGAUCAAAAAGAUAAUUUUUGGACAUCUUCUAGGUACGGCUAAGCCAUACUUGGGUAAGUAUUUAUAUUGACAUAGAGAAAGUGUAGUGUUUUUGGAGAUUUUUUUAACCUUUUGUUUUCAGAGUCAUUUAACUUUUUAUUUUUCCAUAAUAGCUUAACUUUACUAACAUCAGAAUGAAAAAUGACCAUUAGUCUCGCUCUCCAACCUCUGUGACGGUGUGUCCUCCAAUCCUUUCACUCCGCUGCCAGAAAGGAAGUCCGGUGACGACGACCACGAGAGAACCAAACCACGAGCCACAGGCGAUAGAGCAUAAUAGCACCCAACCCAAACGCGGGGUAACAAAAUGUGAGAGGCAACACUUCAGAGAGCAAGCAGAGCAAUGACUAUCAAGGGCAGGAGAGUGACAAGACAUUGGAAGAAAUAUUUGUAUGUUGGCCGACAAAGCGCGAAGAGUGAUUUAUCAGAUUCGCGGACCAUCAUAUGAGAAAACACUUGGAAUAUUAGAAGUCAUGCCUUAUCGAGCCUGUGAACUGUGAAGGCAUUAUCAAGAUAGUACUUUCAGCAUGCAGGAGCAAAUUGUAGCAACACUUUUGAGUUUAAAAGCAAAGGAAGUUGUUAUAAGUAAAGCAGCGUUUAAUGAAGCAAGGACUAUGAAAAGGAUCAGGCCUGUGGCUCGGUGACGAGCUUGUCAAAUAGCAAUCACCGUAAGAGGUUUACCAAGUAAGUCUGUCGUGGAAGCAACUCGUGCUUAAUCCUACAAGGGAUAAAAUGGAUUCAUAGAGGAGUAUAAGAAUAUUGUGAGUACGGCUAUGUCUAAACUGUUUGACAAUUCAAUUUAGUUCUGAAAAUGAAAGAUUUAUCUUCAAGAUUUAUGAAGUGUGAACAAUUCUGCUACACCUCUGUUUAGCACAAAAACAAUAAGAACUUAUUUCGCAUAACUCUUUCUACCCCUGAUGAGGUGUGUCCCGUUUAGCUGGUUUCAAUGCUACACUACAAGGAAGAACCAACCUCAACAGAUUUCAAACCACCCUCAACAAUUUUCUUCAGAUUUUGGGUUCCAAUUUCAUACAUUCUCCUAUGAAGAACUUUUAAUAGCCACCAAGCAUUUUGCUUCCUCUGGGAUACUCGGAAAGGGAAGCUUUGGCAUAGUAUAUCAUGGUAAACUUCAAGAUGGGAGACAGAUUGCAGUCAAAUCCUUGCGCGAAAACAAUGACAAGAAAGUUCAACAGUUUGUCAAUGAAAUAGAAGUCUUAAGCAAAUUGAGCCAUCAAAACCUUGUCCCAUUUUAUGGCUACUGUCACCGCCAUGACCAUGAAUUCAUGCUAGUAUUUGAAUUUGUUUCCAAUGGAACUCUGGCCGAUCAUCUUCAUGGAAAGCGUAAGAAACAAGGCACUCUAGUACCCUGGCAUACCAGAUUGAACAUAGCAAUUGAGGCUGCAAGUGCAUUGGCUUAUCUUCAUAAUUCAGGAAUUAUUCACCGCGACAUAAAAUCCUCCAACAUUCUUUUGGAUGAUAACUUGUGUGUUAAGGUAGCCGAUUUUGGCCUUUCGCGCACGCUUCCUUUGGUUGUUUCAACUUCAAAAGAGGCUGCUACUUUUGCUUCUCAUGCCUCAACUGCUCCACAAGGAACAAAUGGAUAUAUAGACCCUGACUAUUUUCAAUUUCACAGGGUUUGUGACAAGAGUGAUACUUAUAGCUUUGGCGUGGUUUUAGCCGAGAUUAUAUCUUCGUUGCCAGCGGUUGAUGAUACAUGGAAUCCAUAUGAGGUACCAUUACUGUCUCACCUUGCCAUGAACAAAAUCCAAAAUGAAGCAUUGCACGAGUUGGUGGAUCCAUGCCUUGGUUUUCAACCAGACAAUGAGAUUGGAGAAUCUAUAACUGCUGUGGCUGAGUUGGCAUUUCAGUGCCUGCAAUGUCCUAAGGAACUAAGGCCAUCUAUGAAGCAGGUGCUAGAGACUCUGCAGGGUAUAAAGAAGGGAAUAUGGGGAUUUCACCAAAUAACAUAGUGUUGGUUUUUGAUUUUAUCAUUUUCAUUUAGAAGAUGUGUGUGUCUCUAUAAUAUUAGACAGACAAGUGAUGUUGUCAUUCCCAAAACUGAUAAUGUUAUUCCCCUUUUAUGUAAUUUAUCUAAAUUAUCCUCAAUUCUC